AUGGCGGGUUAUUCACAGCAGGACGAUCAAACGAUGUCUACACAAAUUUACAGUGAAGUAUCAACCAAUUUAAACAAUGAAGUAGUCAUCGCUGACUUAGCUCCUUUUGCUUCUGCUUUGGAUACAAAUGGAUGCAUUGGACAUACGACAGGAACUGAGACAACACUCAUCACGACUUUGGUUGAGCAGUUUAAUAGCGUGGAGAAACAACAAGAUAGUGCGUUGAAACUAAUUACAGAAGAUAAACAGACUGUCGAGAGUCGUUUAUAUGGAGACAAUUAUUCUGUUGAUGGAAAUUCUGAUGUAACGGACGUUGUCCUUAGUAGGGCGACGGUGGAGUUACCUAUUGAGUUUCAUAACCAGUCACGCAGCAAUUUUCCUACAUAUGUAGUCGAUAAGAGUAAGUGUAAAGGGCUCUCUUUGGUAAAGUCCAUGAGUCGAAAUGAAAUUGCGCAAAUGGUAGAGAUUGUAAGUACAAAUACUAAACGCACAUAUGAAAAGGAAGAAAGAUAUGUAAAGUCACGUAAAUUGAAUCCGCUCAAGCGUAUUGCUUUUGGAAAUGAAGAUAGCGUCGCUCCAAGUUAUGUCGGCCAAACAACUGAUGAGAUCGUUGGCGACAGCUCCGAUGACGUCGAGAUGAGUGAGCCGGUGGACGAAGAAGCAGUCUUUUAUAACGAUAGAAUUGGCGCCAAGGAGGAUGGCAAACGUGCUCAUGAAAAUUUUUGGUGCAAUCUUACGGUAAAGCAGCAGGUAGAUGUAUACGACAUUUGUACGAAGGAGUGGUUUGCUGCCAAGAUUGAGCAUUUGGAUAAUAAGCGUUGCACUGUCCAUUACAUGGGCAAGAAUUCUAAGUAUAAUGAAAUUAUUCAAAAGGUUGACAGCUAUCGAAUCAUGCCGCGAGCUACAAAGGCCGCUAAGGCUUGGGCAAAAUGCCAAGUGAAGGUCGGCAAGCAUCCACGCCGAGUAAAAGAAAAGCUUGCAUCUUUCCAGUCUACUAAUGAUAAGCAUAAACGCGGAGUACAAGAAAAGCAUGCAGCUUCCCAGUCUAUCAAUGAUAAGCUUAAACGAGCUUACGCAAGGGAUCGAGAGCUAGCGCCGACGUUUGUUCAAACAGGUCUUACUCGAUCAGGGCGCGUCAUUACCCAACGUAUACAAAACGGAGCUUUAAAGCCGAAAGCGCCUGGCAAGAAGAAAAAAGAUAUGAACGCUGUGCAGUCAAACAUUCCAGAAGAAGACUUAUGUGGUGUGUGUGGUGAAAUUGAGGAUGAUGAUUUGACCGACAGGAUAUUUUGCGACGGCGGCUGUCUUAAGUCAUAUCACUUCUCAUGUUUGGGCAUUGAAUCAACACCCGAGGAAGAAAAAUGGCUGUGCGAACAAUGUCGUACAAAUGAACAAUUGUGUUUUGCAUGCGGACGUAACGGAACAAUUAACGAGAAGGGGGGUGUAUUUCGUUGUAGCGCUGUGUGCUGUGGCAAAUAUUUUCACCAAAAAUGUGUUGAUGAUAAUAAAAUGUCACGACGUUUUGGGGGGUAA